AUGAAGUUCUCCACUGUCCUCCUCAGCUUCGCCGCCACCGCCUUCGCUGCUCCUCUCAGCAAGCGCGCCGUCUUCAGCACAUCCACAUACAACGACCUUUCCAUCAGCGGCGGCACUGCCGGAAACGCUGCCCAGGAGGCUCUUCAGAAGCUUGGUGGUCUUCCCAAUGAUUUGACGACGGUCGAGCAAUCGGACAUCGAUUUCCUCAACAGCGUCAACCAGAUCGCCAACGACGCUGAGAAGAACGCUUUCAACCCUGCCAUCGACUCUGCUUCCGGCGAGGACGCCGACGCUCUCCAGCGCGGCAAGAUCAAGAACAAGGUCCUGAAGCUCACCGCCACCAUGCUCAAGCUUCAAAUCCAGCAAGCCCAGGGUGAAGACGUGGCCGACAAGAUGGAAACCGAGAACAAGAAGCUGCAGAACAACAUUUCCCAGGACGAAGAGGCCGCCGGACAAGCUUCGACUUUCUUGUCUUUUGACGCGACGACGGAUUAA